GCCUGCUGGAUGCACAGAGGGCAGAGGAGGAUAAGGCCAGAGCGGAGGCAGCCGGAGGCAGCCGAGGAAGGCAAUGAGAGACCCCGAUGAAAGGUAGCACAGGGUGUCCGGUGACACAGCGGAGACUCCAAAGAGGAGCACAGGCAGCUCUCGGAUGCUAUGGCCCCCAAGGCAGAGAAAGAUGCGAAAGGUGCGAAAGAUGCGAAAGGUGCGAAAGAUGCGAAAGGUGCGAAAGAUGCUAAAGGUGCACCUUCUCCAGGGCUUCCUUUGCAUUCCAAGGGAUACUGGAAAGCCAUUGGGAUCUUUGCAUUAGUGAACAUUGUUAUGACUGCAAUAUUCGCCGGCCUCUAUGCAUAUUCCGUCAGCAGCAAGACAGUUAUUAUAAACCAUCCAAUGACGACAUUGAGGGUUAAAGUGGGAAAUUUGCUCAAGGAUUCCACAUAUUCGGAACGCCCAGCCGACGACGUCGUCACCGUGGUGGCCACUCUGCCAGAAUAUCACCUUUCUUAUGAGAGCACCUUUAAUAGCAAGAAGGAACAUUACUUUAGAAUCUUCACCCCUAAAAAAGAUCGUGGCUGGCACCUUUAUGAGCGGAGCCUCUACUACAUUUCAAAAGGAGAAAAGAGCUGGUAUGAUGCUGAGGGCUAUUGCAUGUCCAAAGAUGCCCACUUGGUCUCCAUCCUCAACGACGAAGAACAGAACUUUAUCACCUCGCUGCUCAAGCACCCCACCUGGAUUGGCCUUACCUAUGAAAAUGAAGAAGACAUGUGGAAAUGGACGGAUGGCUCUGGAUUACGGGCACAGUACUGGCCUGCUGGCAAGCCAAGGGUCGACGGGCUCUCCAGAGGAAUCAAAAAAGUCUGUGUCUCCAUCGUGCCUUCAGAUAUUGGAUAUAACUGGAAUGAUGAAGAUUGCCAUGCAACAAAUGGAUGGGUGUGUAAGGAGAGUCUAGAUAAUCCAUAAAGGUGGUCCAACC